AUGAGAAAAUUAGUUUGGGUUGACAAGAAAAUUAAUAAUGAAGAGAACUUGUAAUAUUAGACAGAAUUAAAAUAAAUAAUUAAUGAGUGUAGCUUCUUCGAUUCAAUACACGAUGCUUUAUAAAUUGUUCCUAAUCAAUAAGAAGGAGAUAAAGCAGUUGUAAUAAUUUCAAGUUCUUUAAUUAAUGAAUGUUUGGUAAAGCCUUUAAGUAAUAAUUAAAUAGUCUUUUGUUGGAGUGUUCGAGAUAAUUUCUCAAUGUUUUUAAAAAAAUAUCAGUUAUUAAUAAUGAUAGAUUCUGGUAUUUAAAAAGUAAAAGAAUAUGUAAAAAAAAAUUUAGACUUCCUUAAAGCUCAAUAAUCUUUGACAUUAUAAUUUAUUUAAUAAAGUUGCGAGUAAACUCAAUACAAUCAUUAAUUUAAAGAGGUAAGUUUUAGAUUCUUAAUGAUAAAUUAAAAAUUAUAGGAAAAAUAUACGGAUGAAGAAUAUUUACUUAAUUCAGAAAUGGAAUAGCUAGUUAGCAAAUAAGUGUUCAAAAAAUUUUAAGAGAAGGAAAAAGAAAAAUCGAAAGGAAAGUAGUUCACUAAUUUUGAGAAACUAAUUUACUAUUAUACAAUAGAAGACUAAUUUUAUAGAAUACUGAAUCAAAAAUUAGCGUAAUCAAACUAUGAAGGAUUAGAAUAAAUCAUGUGCACAUUGUUUUAUGGAUAUUCCUCAAAUUUAAAAUGUUAGAACUUACCUGAGAAUGCAUUAUAUAGGGGGAUCAAUUUUGGAGACAAAGAAAAGACAAAAUUCGAUCAACUUUUAGAAGAAUUUACAGAAUGCAAAAAAAAUGGAAAAAGUAUUUUUUGGAGUUCUUUAACCAGUACGUCAACUAAAAAAAGUACAACCAGAGCUUUUUUGAACAAUAAAUAUAAGAUAUUUUUUGAAAUUUCAUUAGAUUAAAAAAAACCUCAUCCUUACUUUAAACUUGAAAACUAUCACUCUGACUUUUCGGAUGAGUAGGAAGUAAUUUUAUUUCCUUAAUUUGAAUUUCAAGUAUAAUAAAUAGAAUUAGAUCCUAUUAAUUCACAAUAUUAGAUAAAGAUUAAAUAAGUUUAGAAUGAUUUUUCUAUGGCCUUGGAUGUCACAAAGAGAAAAGAAUAUUGGGAAAAAAGGAUUAAUGAAGAUCUGAAACCGAAACUGAGAGAAAUAGCUUCUUUUUACUAAAUUAGAAUUGAUUUUAUAAUGGAAAAUAUAAGAAAAAAAUAAUUUUCAUAUAGUUCUAGAAAAAUAAAGGAUGCACUAAAAAAAAAUUCUGAUAAUUAUUUUUCAAACUUAGUAACAUAGCUUUAGAACUAUUGCGAUAAUCAAGAGCAUAAAAAAUAUCUUUCUUAAUUAUUAUCAGUAAUUACAGAAGAAAUAUCAUUUGAAACAGAAAUAACGGACGAAUUUUUAUAAGAGUCAAAAAAUUUAUUCAAAAGCAGUUCAGAACGUUUAAUUUAAGAAUUUAUAGAAAUAAUUAAAAAGAUAUAUAAUCUUGUAGAAUUUAAGAAUCAUAUAAAAUAAAUUGUCUAAGAAAGGAUUGAAAUCGCUGAAGAAUAGAGAAAGAAAAAUGAAAGGAAAGAAGAUUUAUAUGAGAUCUUAGUUUUAUCAAAAGAAUUUGAUGAAAAUUUUUUUGAUAAAUUGAUUAAAAUGAUGAAAAAGGGAAAUGUUACGAAUUGUGUUGAUUUUCUUUCUGAGAAUAUUAAAGACGAGCAUUUGGAAUAAUAUUUCUCGCUGAGGUUAAUAACUACUAUUUUAAAAUGUAUGAGAGACAUUGAAUUUAAUAAAAGGAAUUAUUCCACAAGGACUUCAAAGGAAAUGAGAAAAGUUCUAAUUACGAAAAUAUCAAAUAAUAACUAAAUAAUUGAACUUUUAAAAUUUAUAGUCCGUCUGACUGCCUUAGAUGAUUAAUUUAUCUAAUGUGGAUCAAACUCACUAAACUUACUAGUUGAAAUGAAAGUUAAUUUAGGAGAACAAAGUUUUGAGAAUAUAAAAAUUUAAGAAACAUCCUUGAUUGGUGCUAAUUUUGUAAGAUGUAAUUUGAGCGGAUCUAAAUUUAAUAAUGUUGAUAUUAGCGGAAUGAAUUUGAAUGGUGCAUAACUAUUUAAUUGUAAAUGGAAUAAUUUAAAAAUACAUGAAAUAAAUGAAUUAAUGUAUCAUACUAGUUUUAUUUUAUCAAUAUGCUUCUCAUCUGAUAACGCUAUACUAGCUUUUGGUAGUUACGAUAGGUCAAUCCGUUUAUGGGAUAUUAGGACAGGAUAAUAAAGAUUGAAAUUAGAUGGUCAUACUAGUGCUGUUUAUUCAGUAAGUUUCUCUUGUGAUGGUAAAUUAGCAUCUGGCAGUGAAGAUUAGUCUGUCCGUUUAUGGAACAUUUAGACAGGACAUUAACAAUUAAAAAUGGAUGGUCACAAUGGUACUGUCUACUCUGUAUCCUUCUCACAUGAUGGGACAAAACUAGCAUCUGGUAGUGAUGAUAAAUCUAUACGAGUAUGGGAUGUUCAUACAGGAUAAUUAAAAUUCAUAUUCGUCGUUCAUUUGAAUUCUGUCUAUUCCGUAAGCUUUUCACAUGAUGGUAAUCUAUUAGCAUCUGGUAGCGCGGAUAAGUAUGUCCAUCUAUGUGAUCUUAAAACAGGAUAAUCAAAAGCCAUAUUUGAAGGUCAUUAAAAUUCUGUCUAUUCUGUGUGCUUCUCUCCUAAUAGUAAGAUAUUAGCAUCUGGCAGUGCAGAUAAGUCUAUCCGAUUAUGGAAUGUUGAUACAGGGCAAUAAAUGGAUAUAUUCGUCGGUCAUUCGAAUUCUGUCUAUUGUGUAUGCUUCUCUCCUGAUAGUAGGGUAUUAGCAUCUGGUAGCGCAGAUAAGUCAAUUCGAUUAUGGGAUGUUGAUACAGGACAAUAAACUGUCAAAUUCAAUGGUCAUACUAAUUAUGUUCUAUCAAUAUGUUUCUCACCCGAUGGCAAAACUUUAGCAUCCUGUAGCUAAGAUAAGUCUAUUCGUUUAUGGGAUUAGAAAGGUCAAAAAAUAACCAAAUCAAAUGGUCAUACUAGUUAUGUUUUAUCAAUAUGUUUCUCACCUUGUGGUACAACCUUAGCGUCUAGUAGUGAUGAUAAAUCUAUCCAUUUAUGGGACAUUAAGACAGGCAAUUAAACAGUAAAAUUAGAUGGACAUACUAGUACUGUUUAUUCAGUGUGUUUCUCUCCUGAUGGUACUACAUUAGCAUCUGGUAGUGAUGAUAAGUCUAUCCGAUUAUGGGAUGUUAAGUCAGGAUAACAAAUAGCCAAAUUAGAUGGUCAUUAAAGUCAGGUUAGAUCAGUCUGCAUCUCUUCUGAUCGUAUUACAUUAGCAUCUGGUAGUGAAGAUUAGUCUGUCCGUUUAUGGAGUAUUUAAACAAAACAAUAAAUAUUAAAAAUGGAUGGUCACUAUAGUGCUGUGUAAUCGGUAUGUUUCUCACCUGAUGGUACUAUACUAGCAUCUGGCAGUGAUGAUAAUUCUAUCCGUUUAUGGGAUGUUAAUACAGGAAAAUCAAAACUUAAAUUAAAUGGUCAUACUAGUAGUGUUCAAUCAGUAUGCUUCUCUCCUAACGGUAUUUUAUUAGCAUCCGGAAGCAAUGAUAAUUCUAUUCUUUUAUGGAAUGUGAAGACAGGAUAAUGCCAAAAGAAAUUAAUUGGCCAUACUAGUUAAGUCUAGUCAGUAUGUUUCUCAUCUGAUUCUACUACAUUGGCUUCUGGUAGCUAUGAUAACUCUGUCCGAUUAUGGAAUGUUAAGACAGGAUAAAUGUAAGCCCUAUUAGAUGGUCAUACUAGUUAUGUAAGUUCAGUCUCUUUCUCCCCUCAUAGCACUCUAAUAGCGUCUGCUAGUUAUGAUAACACUAUUCGUUUAUGGGACAACAGAACACAAUAAUAAAAAUUAUUUGGUCAUACUAAUAGUAUUCUAUCAGUCAACCUUUCAAAUGAUUGCCCUAUUUUAGCAUCUAGUAGUGACGAUAAUUCUAUCAAACUAUGGAAUGUUAAUACAGGAUAAUAAUAAGCCCUAUUAGAUGGUCAUACUAGUUUCGUAAAUUCAUUCUGCUUCUCUCCUGAUGGUACUCUAUUAGCCUCUGCUAGUUAUGAUAACACUAUUCGUUUAUGGGAUAUUCAGACAGGAAGAUAACUGACUCAAUUAGAUGGUCACACCAGCACUGUUUAUUCAGCAUGCUUUUCUUUUGAUGGUGCUACAUUAGCAUCUUGCAGUGGAGAUUCAUCUAUCCGUUUGUGGAAUGUUUAGACAGGACAAUAAAAAGCAAAAUUCAAUUGUAAUUAAGAUAAGGUCAGAUAACUUUGCUUUUCAUCUGAUGGCAGUGUAUUAGCAUCUGGUUUUGAGGAUAACUCUAUCUGUUUAUGGGAUGUUAAAACAGGAUAUUAAAUCUAGACCUAAAAUCAUGGGUAAAACAAUAUUUUGGCAUAAUUUUAAAAUAACUUUCUUCCUUAAAUUGGUAUUUAUUUUUGAAUUAUUUAGUAACAGCAAAUAUUACUGUUCUGAUUAUAUCUCAAUCAUAAUAAUUUCAAGCAUAAGGAACUUUAAUCUUGAAAGGGGAAUUUUCUAAUUAUAANAUCCGAUUAUGGGAUGUUAAGUCAGGAUAACAAAUAGCCAAAUUAGAUGGUCAUUAAAGUCAGGUUAGAUCAGUCUGCAUCUCUUCUGAUCGUAUUACAUUAGCAUCUGGUAGUGAAGAUUAGUCUGUCCGUUUAUGGAGUAUUUAAACAAAACAAUAAAUAUUAAAAAUGGAUGGUCACUAUAGUGCUGUGUAAUCGGUAUGUUUCUCACCUGAUGGUACUAUACUAGCAUCUGGCAGUGAUGAUAAUUCUAUCCGUUUAUGGGAUGUUAAUACAGGAAAAUCAAAACUUAAAUUAAAUGGUCAUACUAGUAGUGUUCAAUCAGUAUGCUUCUCUCCUAACGGUAUUUUAUUAGCAUCCGGAAGCAAUGAUAAUUCUAUUCUUUUAUGGAAUGUGAAGACAGGAUAAUGCCAAAAGAAAUUAAUUGGCCAUACUAGUUAAGUCUAGUCAGUAUGUUUCUCAUCUGAUUCUACUACAUUGGCUUCUGGUAGCUAUGAUAACUCUGUCCGAUUAUGGAAUGUUAAGACAGGAUAAAUGUAAGCCCUAUUAGAUGGUCAUACUAGUUAUGUAAGUUCAGUCUCUUUCUCCCCUCAUAGCACUCUAAUAGCGUCUGCUAGUUAUGAUAACACUAUUCGUUUAUGGGACAACAGAACACAAUAAUAAAAAUUAUUUGGUCAUACUAAUAGUAUUCUAUCAGUCAACCUUUCAAAUGAUUGCCCUAUUUUAGCAUCUAGUAGUGACGAUAAUUCUAUCAAACUAUGGAAUGUUAAUACAGGAUAAUAAUAAGCCCUAUUAGAUGGUCAUACUAGUUUCGUAAAUUCAUUCUGCUUCUCUCCUGAUGGUACUCUAUUAGCCUCUGCUAGUUAUGAUAACACUAUUCGUUUAUGGGAUAUUCAGACAGGAAGAUAACUGACUCAAUUAGAUGGUCACACCAGCACUGUUUAUUCAGCAUGCUUUUCUUUUGAUGGUGCUACAUUAGCAUCUUGCAGUGGAGAUUCAUCUAUCCGUUUGUGGAAUGUUUAGACAGGACAAUAAAAAGCAAAAUUCAAUUGUAAUUAAGAUAAGGUCAGAUAACUUUGCUUUUCAUCUGAUGGCAGUGUAUUAGCAUCUGGUUUUGAGGAUAACUCUAUCUGUUUAUGGGAUGUUAAAACAGGAUAUUAAAUCUAGACCUAAAAUCAUGGGUAAAACAAUAUUUUGGCAUAAUUUUAAAAUAACUUUCUUCCUUAAAUUGGUAUUUAUUUUUGAAUUAUUUAGUAACAGCAAAUAUUACUGUUCUGAUUAUAUCUCAAUCAUAAUAAUUUCAAGCAUAAGGAACUUUAAUCUUGAAAGGGGAAUUUUCUAAUUAUAAAGGUACAGAUUUAUAAUAAUUUCUUUAAUCUAAAGGAAGUUACAUUUUGGAAAACUAGAUAUAAGUAAAAUGUCAAAAAAGUUGA